UUGAUUUUAACCUUCGUUGGAUAACUUUGACCUGGAUGACUGAGAAUCUUCAUAGACAUCUACAUUGAUUACAUGGAUUACGCUCCUAUCAUGCAUAAUUUUUCCACGCUCCAUCUUCCUCUCAAGUUCUGAAAGAGCUGUGGGUGGAGAACCCUUAUCAGAUUAACUGGUUGUUCAGGCGAGUGUAUAAAUAUUGGACAAACUGUGAAGGUCAGUUCAAACCUGCACACUGAUUAACUGAGGUGAGUUACAAAAAGUACAGGUUUCAAGUUUGGUCUGGUAAGUAGGUUAUAAGAACAGUGAAUUGAUUUCCACCAAUUGUAGUAAUUUCUAAAUAUGUCAGGAAUGUCUUACAGCAGUUAUCGUAAAUGUGGGAUUAAUUGUUCACUUUCUCCACAGGUAAUUUGUCAGAACACAGCUCUACACCAAUGGCAAUGUUUGGGAAGGUUUUAGAGCCUGUGGGCUAUAUGCAAACUGUGAGAGUCCUGGUCCAAGGCAUUUGCUCCUAUCUGGGCGGCAGCGCCACGGCAGAGGAGACUGAGGUGUCCAAGAAGAACUUGGACCACAUCGAUCAGGAGCUGGGAGAAUCAGGUCACGGCCUGUUGGAUGACCAGGAGGUCCAUCGACUGGAGGAUGACCUGGCAGUGGUCUACUACCAGCUUGGCACAGCGGUGAGGGCCCAGUCAGAAUUCACCAAGAAGGAGACGGAGGUGUUUCUGCAGUAUGUGCAGGACUACCGGCUGGAGAGGCAGCUGACAGCUCUCUACAACCGUAUGAUGGGAGUGUCGGCGCUGACCGACCAGCCCACGCUGCUGGAGGAGCUCAUACUGAGCCGCAAGCCCAAACGCUGGGAGCUGAGGGAGUUCUGCGUCAAGGUAAACUUUGUUCUGGGCACUGGUCUGCUGUGCCUCUUCACGCAGGCUUCUCUGACAGGGAGAGAUCAGGCUCUGCUGAUGAAGACCUGGUCUGACCGCAUGGGUGCCCUCUACAGGAAGAUGAAGAACACAGGAGGCCGCUGCUUAGGCUAUUUCCUGGAGCAGGCCCAGGAGGAUAUACGGCAGCAGCUCCAUGAGGCCGUGCAGAACCGCGCUCCCCCUGAAGAUGCGGCGGCGAGCAUCCUGAAGACCCUAGAGAAAAACUACGACUGGCUGCGCUGGGCAGUGAUGCUCCACCCUGCUGUGGGAUCCAUGGAGGAUGAGAAGGACGAGGAGGCACAGGAGCAAAAGGAAGAAAAGGAAGAAAAGGAAGAAAAGGAAGAUGUGUUGGCAGAACAGCAGCCCAGCAAUUUACUUUCUGUGGCGUCUGAAGCACCAAUCCCGCAUGUGGUGGCGUGCUACCGUGACACACCCACUUCGCUGGACAAGAGCCGCAUCCACCAGCUCAUCGUGGACCUGGAGUGGAAGAUCCCCAACCCGCCACCUGAGGUGUAUGCUUCCAUUGAGGAAGACCCGGGCAGGGCGCGGCGUUACCUGGCCUCACGCAUGCUGAAGAAGCUGCAGGAGGGGCUGGGAUCUGGUGUUGCCGUCCACGUGGUGCCAGGCAGGAUGGAGAUGAAGUGCAACUUCCCUCCAGCCUCCUACUACCUCUACGAGUACAAACACCGACUGGCUUCGGGCACCGUGUGUGUGUUUGGAUGAAAGAGAAAAGAGGAGGAAACAACCUGCUGUUCUCAAACAGAUGUUUCAUAAUCAUAUUACAGUAUCGGCUUUAUUUUUGUUGCUUUCACAGUGGCAUUAACAUGUCUUGUGUAAUAUUACUUCUAAAUAAAUGUCAUUUUAGAGAAAAGAUAAAAAUGACAUACAUGAAGUUUUUUUUUUUCAAUUAAAGCAAAAUUCUAGUUUUUUUUUUUUCAACUUGGGUCUUAUCUAAGCCAUCCUUAGAGUUGGCUGGUCAGCACUUUGGUCCAGACUGAAAUAUCUCAACAAAUAUUGAAUGGAUUGCAUGAAAUGUUGCACAGACAUUAUUGGAUCUCUAGAGAAUUAAUUAUAAUGAUCCCCUGAAAUUUCUAUCUAGCGUGUCCAUGAGAUCAAAAUGUACAACACAGAUGGUGAACAUGGUAAAUAUUAUACCUGUUAAAAUAUUAACAUGUCAGUAUUGUCAUGAGCAUCUUAGCAUGCUGAUAUUAGCAUUUAGGUAAAAGCCCCGCUGCGUCAUAGAGCUGCUAGCCUUGCACUCACAAGUAUUUGCUGAGAUCUGACAACAGGGCAACUUAGUGACAUUAAAGUUCAAACAGACAAGAAGUCAGACAAUCAGACAGGUGGUGUUUUGUCAGAUUAUCUAAAUUAUUAUUUUGAGAUUAAACUAAACGUAAGUGCAUCUGAAAUGAUAAUAAGAUAAGUAAUAAUCUUCCACUGCACACGAAAACUAUGCUAAGCACCGUAGAUAAAAAUUGAAUGGUUGGUCGCUUAACUGUGGUUUGCCUUUGUUUAAAUAACUUUAGCUAACAUGAUGACUUGCUGUUUGACUGCUCGUGUUUCUUGCCCAGUUGUAUGACGUUUUAGCAAUGUUGCCCUGUUCCCAGAUCUCAGCAAUGAACAUGAGUACAAUGCUGUUUUUAUUGAUAUGAGUGAUGGCCAAAAGAGGGAUUGCCUCCAGCCCCCCCACGACCCUGUACAUGGAUAAGCAGUUGACGAUGGAUGGAUGGAUGGAUGGAUAGACGACGAACGAAAAUAAAGCCCAAGUUGUAAGAAA